AUGGCGCUGCACGCGCUGCGGCUGGUCGAAGACGAACGCGGCGGCGCGGCGGUCGCAAAGGUCAUCCUGUGCAAGCCGUUCCUGCGCACCAACCCAAGCUGCUACCGGCAGGCGUUCAUCCAAGCCGCCGCCGCGCGCGCCCGCGUGCUGGCCGCCCUGGCGGGCGGGCUCGGGGCGGCGGCGCCCGAGGCGCUCAAGCAGCGGAUCAUGAGGGUGGUGGCACACCACCUUUCCCUGUUCCUGGCCUCCUGA